GGGCACUGCACUGUUUUCCCGCUUCUUAUUUGGGGAUUCCUCAGUAACACACGUGCGUCUGCAGACACCCUCUUACUCUCUCACUAUCUUACUCCCACUUCCAAUCUCACUAUCUGUCUGUUAUCACCCUCCACGUUCUGCAAUCUACUUUCCUCCGCCAAACAGCACCUGGUUGUGUUUUGUCCUCUCCCUUUCGGUCUACUUCCCCCCCCACCCCUCUACAUUCGUUUCUGAAACUCAAUCAACCAACCUACUCGCGAGAAUCAUGUCUUUGAAAGAUGUGUACAAACGCUUCCUGACCAACCCUAAGUCAGUUCCUUUGGCCACCGAUGCGUCCUUGAUUUACAUUCCCACCACUACCAAAGUAGACGGCGACGCCGCGAUUGUCAGCCACUUCAGCAAACAGCAGCGCAUUGUCAAGACCAAGUCGGAGAACAUUUUGGACGCCAUUGAAAGUUCUAACUCGCUCUGUUUGGACAUCGAAACCACUUUGGAGUUUAUGUCUGGCGGCGGGGCGUACCUUCCACAGCUUGAUGAUAACUUCCUGGCUGAUCAUGUCGCUGUCUUUCCCACGGUCCACAUUGUUCGCUUCAAUGCCCAACAACAGAUCCAGAAUGUCCGCAUUUACUGGGACCAGGCGUCGCUACUGAAACAGGUCGACGUGAUCGGCUCCCGUUCUCGUGGCUGGCCCAUUCGUGAUGCCAAAGACCAAUUCCGCCUCCUCAAAUCCGCGAUCUCAUCGAAUCCCAGCGAUAGUGGGCCGGGGUCUGCUUCCGUACCCGCCCCGCCAGCGUACACGGAGGAGGAAGCGAAUGUUCCGGAGCGCAAGGUUGCCUCCCCCGGCAAGAAGUACAUUAAAGACCCUCAUGCUGCUGAGUCCCUGGAUGAGCUGCUCUCUCCAAGCAAGGAUCGUGGAGAGCCCGUACGCGCCCCGCGUGCUCCUGCAUCCUCUCAGCGUCCAGCACGCGAGUACGGCGAGAUUUUCCUGACUACCGAAAAUGAUGCGGAUGUUCCCGAUGCCUCCCCCUCUAGAAGGCGGAUUGCCCCUAAGGCCGGCGCAACCAGGAACUUCCUUCCUUCCCGCAUCUUUGAUGACGAUGAGACUGCCGCCAAAGAGGAAUGCCACCAGCAGAUUGCCUACCGGGCUCAUCCCAAGCGUUUCGACCACUUCGAGCUCGGUGCGGAUAACAGCACCCGGGAGGUCAAAGAGAAGCUUACUCGCCCAGUGUCGCGCCAAGCACCGCACUGGGAGUUUGAAGAUUUCGUGACUCCCGAGAAACCCAAACGCCAACUUCGUGGAGAGGAGAUUCGUCACUUUGGCUGGAGCGAUGAUGAGCCGGACCUCACAUCCCCACCGGCUCGACCGCGAGUGGCGCAUCCGCGCCCUGAUGCUGAGACCCAUUUUUCAUUGACUGACACACCCGAAGAGAAAGCAGGCGGCCGCAUCAUCAGCUCAUAUCAGAACAAGGGCAUGGGUCUUUACAAAAGCCAUCUUUUCGACAACAAGGAAGAUGAUGAAUUCUCUCAGGGCGCAAACCCACCCCUUUCUACAGUCAACAAAAAUGGUGCCAACCGUAAGAAGGAGCUUGAGACCCACUGGGACAUGGCCGACGAGUCGCCUCGGGAUAGCAAACGCAAUGCGGAAAAUAAGAAGCCUGUUCCCGGUGACCGUCAAAAGGCCGUCAAGGCGCUGGAGCCAUCUUGGGAUACUUACGACCAGUCACCGGAACCCACGAAGAUGGCGCCUCCUCAGCGUCGCGCUCUAAGGAACCACAACCAGCGGAGCUGGGACUUCGGCGCUGAAAACUGAUCGCCACAUCGCUAAGCCGCGCCAUGCAAAUCUUCGCUCAGUCUAUGCAUAUAGCCCAUGCGUAUACCCAAUUCUUUAGCAAGGCCUUUGGCUAACUCUAGAGCCUGCCUCGAGAACAGAACUAUCAGGACAGCGGACCGUGAACAAAGUAGGGGCCAACAUCCAUAUACGGCUGAAAGAAAUGUCUGAAAGUCCGCAUGUCUUAAGAAGGAGGACUUAUGCCUUUGCAAGCACUGUAUCCUUGCAUGCCGGAUUCUUGCCCUGUAUCUUAUAGCGUUUCACUGCAUGUAUUGAAAUUAUUUGCGCG